AUGCAUGAUGAUAUUGUUACAUACCUUCUGGAUAGUAACAUAACAACUCAAACCCCUUUCAUCAUCCCAAAAUGGGUCCCUCCUGUUGUUGGUGUUACUAAGCUUAACAUAGAUAGGAGUUGUAUAUACCCAUCUAAUAAUAUUGGCUCAGUUGGAGUCUUGAGAAAUCAUACAAGAUGGAUUUUUGGUUUUGCAUCCUUUGAUGGUGUUAGAGACCCUAAGAAAGUAGAGUUGCUAGAAAUUUUCCAUGGUCUUAGAGUGGCCCGAGAUUGUGACCUUCGUGUGAUAUCCUACAAAGUUGAUAGUUCCAAUGUCCAUGGCAUCCUUGCGGUAGGAACUUGUCAUCCUUUUCAUGUUCAUGCUAGUACUGUUAGCAAGAUUCUAGAUAUGCUCCACUGUGAUUGGGAGAUUUCAUUUUCUCUUGUUGAUAGGGAAGCAAACAAGGUUGCUCAUUUUCUUGUUUCUGUUAGGGUACACUGUUUUAGAGGCACUCUUGGCUCCUGGUUCGUGAAGAUAAAACUUGUUCGUAAGGAGGGUAAUGCUGUGAACAUAAAACUUGUCCAGUGGGUUUGUGAGUUUGUUGCUCCAUUGGACACUUUUGAUUUUCUUCCCGUAUGGAUUGCAAUAAUAAGAAAUAGCAAUGCUGAUAAGAUGAAUGUCAUAGGGAUUGCUAGUAAUAGGAAUAUAAAUAUAAUGACUACAAAAAAGGUGAAAGCUAAAGCAUAA